AUGUUAAGAGGGCGUAGCAAGACAGUGCUGACAUUGAUACUGUUACUUGUAACGGUCAGACUCCUGUUUAAUCGCCUACGUUCGAGAGGCCCAGAAAGCAAUCGGAGGAUAGACAUGUCUGGUAAAGUUCAGCCUGUUGUCGUCGUCGGACUGGGUCUUGCCGGUCUGUCGACUGGGGCGCAGCUAGUCAAGAAUGGGGUGCCGGUGAUCUUGAUGGACAAGGCUUCUGCCAUCGGCGGAAAUUCCGUUAAGGCCUCCAGCGGCAUAAACGGCGCUGGUACUCAGGUGCAGGAGCUUCUUGGUGUGUAUGACUCUGCUGACUCCUUCUACAGAGACACCGUUGCGUCGGCGAAGGGUGCCGGCGCCAGCGAGCUAAUGGACAAGCUUGCAAGGGACUCCGCAGGUGCUGUAUCGUGGCUGCAGAAUGAAUUUGGAGUUAAACUGGACAUCCUUUCGCAACUGGGAGGGCAUUCGAAGGCUAGGACACAUCGGUCGAGCAGCAACAUACCCCCAGGGUUUGAGAUCAUAUCGGCCAUGCGCAAGAGACUGGAGUCAGUGCAGAAGGAAAACCCAGCUCUCGUGAACUUCCGCUUGGAGAGCAAAGUUGUUGAUCUCGAACUGGCGGAUGAUGCAGUCCAAGGACUACGCUACAUGGACAAGGCCGGGGCACAGCACAUAUUGCACACGAAGAAUGUAGUUUUCUGUACUGGCGGGUUUGGGUCGUCCAAGGAGUUGUUGGGGAAGUAUGCCCCCCAUCUCCGGGACCUUCCUACAACAAACGCGCAGGGUACUACGGGAGAUGGACAGGACCUGAUGCUCCGUGUUGGUGGGCAGCUGAUUGAUAUGGAGCAUAUCCAGGUACACCCCACGAGUUUUGUGGAUCCUAAAGAUAAAGACAGCGGUAGCAAAUUCCUGGCGGCUGAGGCACUGCGCGGCAAUGGAGGUGUGCUUUUAAACCCCAGCACUGGCCGGCGCUUUACGAACGAAUUGGCGACACGUGAUGUACUUACGGCUAGCAUUCAAGAGCACUGCAAAGAGCAUGUGGCUUACCUUGUUCUGAGCCAAGGGGCAUAUGAAACUUUGCAAAGCUUUGUCAACUUCUACAUCUCUAAAGGGCUGAUGCGAGCGUCCACCGUUGGCGAGCUUUCCGACGAGAUCGGAGUUCCGAAACAACAGCUGGCGUCGGAGCUAGAGGCGUACUCCGCCGCAGAGGUGGAUCAAUUCCAGCGUCGGCACAUUAUCAAUGAUUUUGGCCCGAGUGUUGAUGGGUCGACAGCAAUAUAUGUUGGCUUGAUCACACCCGCAGUCCAUUUUACCAUGGGCGGUGUUCGAAUCAAUUCCAGAGCGGAAGUGCUGAGCAGCGCAGGGACGACCUAUAAAGGGCUUUACGCCGCUGGAGAGGUAUCCGGCGGCGUGCACGGUAGAAACAGGCUGGGUGGGUCUAGUCUCCUGGAGUGCGUCGUUUUCGGGAGGCAGGCAGCAACAUCGAUUACAGAAAGGUUGCAGGCGUGA